UAUCACUGUGACUCUGCACGUUUAAGUUUUUACUAGUGUCAGUGAGAGAGUACAAUAUGGCUAAAAACAACGAUGAAGUGAUAGACAGGCUCAGGGAGUAUUUGAAGAUACCGAGUGUCCAUCCUGAUGUCGACUACAGCGGAUGUGUGGAUUUCCUCAAGGAACAAGCAAAUUCGUUGGACUUACCCGUCGUGGUCUUCGAGUUUGCGCCACAGAAACCGAUCGUUGUCAUCACAUGGGAAGGCUCGCAGCCUGACCUGCCGGCUAUACUGCUGAAUUCACACAUGGACGUUGUUCCUGUUUAUGAGGAACACUGGACCUACCCUCCCUUUGAAGCUGUGUUGACGGAUGAUGGAUGGAUUUACGCGAGAGGUUCUCAGGACAUGAAGAGUGUCGGUAUGAUUCACCUGGAAGCCAUCAGGCGUCUUAAGAAUACUGGCGUCGUGUUAAAAAGAACUGUUCAUGCCAGUUUUGUACCUGAUGAAGAGAUCGGCAGCGACGAGGGCAUGAACCUGUUUUCUCAGUCUGAAGAGUUCAAGAAACUCAACAUCGGCUUCGCCCUGGAUGAGAGCUACCCCAGUAUGGACGAUGUGUUGGUGGCAUACCACGGGGAACGCACUUGCAGACAAAUCCAAGUUACCUGCCGCGGAACACCUAGCCAUGCUAGUUUAUUAUUACCAGAGAAAACAGCGGGCGAAAAACUUUACUACAUGAUAGACAAGUUAAUGAAACUGCGUGAAACAGAAAAGAAGAAAGUCACAUCACUAGAGAAAAUGGGUAGCGUCACCACUAUAAACUUGACCGUGAUUGAGGGAGGCGUCCAAGUAAACGUGUUACCAGAGGAGUUAUCAGCUUCAUUUGACGUAAGGAUUGCACCCGAUGUGGACCACGAUGAAUUCGAUAAAAUGAUUCAAUCAUGGUGUGACGAAGCAGGUGAAGGCGUAUCGUUCAAAUACUACACUAAGAACCCAAGAAUAGCACCCACUAAAGUCGACGACAGCGCGGUAUUCUUCACCGCUAUAAAGCAAAGCUUGGAUAAAAUGGACGUCAAACUGAGUUGCUCGAUCUGUCCCGGUACCACGGACGCCCGCUUCGUCCGCAAGCAGGGCAUCCCGGCCAUCAACCUGACGCCCAUCAACAAUACCCCGAUGCUUCUUCACGCUCACGACGAGAGAAUCCACGUGGACAGAUACAGGGAAGGCAUUCACGUCAUGGAGAACAUUCUCGAAGCCGUUGCCAAUGCGUAAAACGCUAUUAUGAAUAAGGUCGCUAUUAUAUUAAUAAGACAUAAAAACACUUGAAAGUAAAUAAAAAUUCGUCAACCGGACGCCUUUCAACAACACUCCCAUGCUGCUCCAUGCUUACAACAAGAGAGAAUCCACGUUGCCAGGUACAGAGAAGGCAUUCACGUCAUGGAGAACAUUCUCUAAACUGUCGCUAAAGCGUUAGAGGCACAUUUAUAUGAAAAGAAUAAAAAGCUGUCAACCUCAUUCGCAUCAAAAACACUGUCAUGCUACUUGACGCUCACGACCAGAGUAUCUGCGUGGACAGAUACAGAAAAGGCAUUCGCGUCAUGGAGACCAUUCUCGAAGCUAUUGCUUGUGCGUAAAACGCUAUUACAGAUAAGAACGCUAUUAAAUUAAUAAGACAUAGAACGCACUUAAAAAUAAAAAGUCGUCAACCUGACUGACAACAGUCCGAUGCUUUUUUCUCUUCCACGAGGAGACUUCUUUUUCUACUACUUAAGUGAAACAAAGAUAAAAGUAAUAUCAAUGCAUUUAUUCAAUAUUUCAUUACCUACUCUGAGUAUUUAUUUUACUAUAUAGAUACAAUUGAAAAAAACAUGAAAAUGUUACAGCGAUGUUGACCCGUUUAUUUAAAUGUUAUUCUCUUUUCUACAGUUAGGAUUGGUCUAAUUUUGUCGUCAAACUAGAAGUUCAGCUUAUACUGAUCUUGUGGGGUUUCCUCCACUAGUGAAGACCACCUAUUUAUUCUUGUCAGAGUUUUAAUUCAAUGGUUUUCUACCGGCAGCCUUCGACAAUGUGAGAUCUAACGUGGACCUUGAUCUCAGAGCAUUGCUUUCCAGCGUCUGUGUCAAUAGUUGACUCCUUUGUGCCGCUAUCACACUCCUCUGCGAGACUAAAGUAGGGCGGAGGUCAUUAAAGUAUUCCUCGAUUUCUUGAAGUGUCAAAUCUUUCGUUUCUGGCAGACAGAAGAACAGAAAGACAGUCCCUGAGAAUACAAAAAAUCGUCAUUGUACAUACUCGUAAAAAAAUAAAGAAAGUUAACAAAACCAUUUAUAAAAAAGUUGAAACAAUAAGUAUUUAUGACCCUCAUCUUUGAGCGUUGAACUAAUAAUACUAAUUUUGUACAAGAAAUUAGUAUUAUUAGGCUUCUGCAAAGUAAUCGUAAAUUAUAUCUCAAGUAAAUGUGCUCUUAAUAGAAAGGCUACUGAUCUAUAGCUGAUUCUACAUCACCAAUACAAGUCAAUACUCAUAUUCGUGAUGUAGAAUCAGCGUUAUAUCGAAUAGCUGGAAUAUGAUCGUAUAGUUUUAGUUAGAAUCAGCUAUAGAUCGAUGUACGUUAACUACCUUGACCACAUUCCCUAUAGAAAUCCUGAUAUUACCUGUAACCUUCUGUAAGGCUAAUAAUAUUUAUGCGGAACAUCGGCAACGCGGAAGCCCGACAAAAGCUGAGUUUUUAUGUGAUGUUUCUGGCUGAAUUUAAUUUUCAUCGUUACUCCGACCAAUGGCAGCCUCCAUUCUCGGGUGACGCAGUCUUACAUGCUUGUCUUUUGUGAGCGAUUGUGUGUUAAAGAAAGCGUCCCACUAACUCGUCACCUAAAUUUGUUUUCUUACCUAAAAUCGAAGCCAUAGCGAAUGAAAUAAGAAUAUAAGCAUGUCCAACCAAAUCUCGGAAGAACGGGAAUGCUGCAUUAACUCCAAAUACCAUGAAGUUAAUAAUGGAAUUCGUCAAUCCACCUAGUACACCACGGACCUGGAAUAUAAACACAUGUCAAAUAUUCAGCGUUAGUUGACGACUGCUAGCUAGUGGUAUUUAAGUAAAUUGUAACAUUUCAGUAAUAGUUUUAGAAUUUUGGAUUCCUUUUCAGGCGUGAGUAGGUUUAAAUUCCAUUAAAUCCAAGUUACAACUUUUAAAAAGGUUUUAUUAAAUGAUUCGUAUGCGAAGUAAAAGAACCAAUCAAUGAAUAGCGUUUGAAGAAUUCGUUCAGACACUUACCUGUAAUGGAUACAGCUCGUACAUCAUCACAAACGGCAGCGUAUAAUAACCUAAUGUAGAAAAUGUUACGUAUAGCAGGUAACAUAUGAACGGGUAUAUCGUGACGCUAUGAUUGUAGAGCAAGAGAAACCCUAGCACAAAGCACAUUACUGUCACGCCCAAACCUGAAGAAGAAAAGGUAAAAGAUUAUUAAAUUCUCCGGGGUUUCGUAGCUGUAGGUAGCUACGCUAAGUAAUAGAUGACAACGAUAUCCUAUUUCUAAACAUCCAUUGGCCAUCUGUCAGUGGGCUUCAUGUUAUUACCACAGAAAUAAAUAUGAAUAGUAAAAUAUAAAACAAUAACUAACAGGCAGUAGCGGAUAGACACUAAGGGAAAAAUAAAAACCAGAUGGUAUUAAAAAAAUCAAUAAAGUGGGUGUCCAUAAAAUAAAUGUUACUCUUUUGGUAUUUUUUUUAGCCUUUCGCGUCUGCCUCGCGUUUGUGGUACUUUUUGAUAUAUUUGGAAAGUAUGUUAAUCUUAUUUUUUCCAUACAUUUCAGUCUCUUGCCCUCUAGCGACUAUUAGCGCCAGUUACGAAAAAUUUAAAUUUAGAACCAGAUUUAUUGUAAACUAAAAGAGAAAUAAGUACCCAGCUUAUGUUGUUAAUUGAGAUGAGAGAGGCCUCGUGUCUACAUUUAUGCAACGAUAUUUUAUUUUAUCUUUCAAAUGUAUUUAACUGGUGUCAGUAGCCUUAAAAACUAAUGGAAGUAACAAAAACCUUGAUUUAUUUCUGUGAGAAAAACGUACAACACCGUGAUAUAGGUUUCGGUGUCUUUGUCUACCGUGAAACGUAAAUUAGUUAAUUUAUAUACAACGUAUUAAGCUUACUUGAAAUGAGCGCUUGAGGUCUUCUACCAAUUUUGUACAUUAAUAUCGCGCUUACAACACCCAUCCCCAAUCUGACAAGUUCCAUAAAAAAGUGUGCGGAACCAGAAUCAAAUGACACUUUUGACGCCUGAAAAACUUUGUAUUAUUCCAUUAUCGAUCAUUAAAAUAAUAAACAAGUCCAGCAACGAACUAAGUAAAUCGCAUUUUCCAUAUUUUGUACAAAAAAUAUAAUAUUUAAAAAUGAAUGUCCUUCUUUAACAAAGAUAAUCGAUCGAAGAUUAAAUCGAUGAGAAUUCGAAGAUCUACAUCUUUAGGGGUUUGACGAGAAGUUAUUUUUUUUCCUCUGUUUUUCAUUCAAUAUUUUUUAAUUUUGCUUUGUUGACUUUCUGUUACAAAAACCUUUUUUUAGAGUUAAUUACUUCAUGUUUUGAAUUCCAGUAAUUAAGUACGUAUUUAAAAUAACACAUAAGAAAACAUAGAACGAUCAGUAGUAGCAAAAAUAUAUGAGUAACAUUUACCUGUAAAAAAUCAACAGUCCAGACAAAAAUAAUGCUGGUACCGGACAGUUGAGUCACCACAGAAUAUCCAAUUACUAUCCAGAACGGUAAACAUACUGCUCUUGUCACAAAAAGUUUUAUUUGGGUGCCAAAUGUAAGCCUGCAAAAAAUAACUUCCGGUUUUUUUAUAAAAUAUGAAAGAUGUAGAAAAAAUCUACUGGAUACCAUCCAAGCACCGACUUUUCUAUCAUUGGCAGGAGUAACGACUGUGUUAUCGUUAUUUCAGUCUAUGAUAUUCUUGUCUUUUGUAAACGAUUGUGAUUGUGAAAAGAAAGUUUAUUUGUUUCCAUCUCCCUAUUCCACCCAUAGGGAAGGCUCGUGCCCCAGAAGUGGGAAUAUUAAUAGGCGCGAGUGCUAUCUUUAGUGUCUCAAGCGUCUAUACUCUAUAAAUAUGCUAUGGUGGCUUCUUGCCAUCAGGCGGCCUAAAUGCUUGAUUUGGCACUCUUAAAACAUAAAAAAAAAUUAAGUGCGUGUACUUAUGUACGAGCAAGAGAAGUAAUACUUCUUUGGCAUCAUUAAAAAUUAGUUUUUAAUUGCAUGCAAAUAGUUAGUCAACACUGUCAAUAAAGUUCAGUAUUAAUUGGAAAAAUUAAAUAAAUAAGCAAAAUAUUAAAUUGAAAUCACUACUGAAUAUAAUUUAAAACACGUAUUGUGAAUAUAGAACUUAGAAACAUGUGGAUAAAUAUUAUAAAUAUGAAAACAGUGAUCAGAAGCGACAAGCGUGCCGACAUGCGCGACUAAUAGAGAUUCUAUUUUGUUGGUAGCUUUUUUUCGAGACUUAAUGUGCGGUUUAGCGGCCAACUUCAUGUUGCUACUUUUGUGUUACAGUGAUGCGCGGGCAUCUUAAAAUUUCACUCUCAUAAUUUUUUCAUAACACGCCCGCGGCCAACUUCAUGGUGUUACUUUUGUGUUACAGUGAUGCGCGCGCAUCUUAAAAUUUCAGUCUCAUCAUUUUUUCAUACCGCGCUCGCGGCCAACUUCAUGGUCUUACUUUUGUGUUACAGUGAUGCGCGCGCAUCUUAAAAUUUUACUCUCAUCAUUUUUUCAUACCACGCCCGCGGCCAACUUCAUGGUGUUACUUUUGUGUUACAGUGAUUCACGCGCAUCUUAAAAUUUCACUCUCAUCAUUUUUUCAUACCGCGCCCGCGGCCAACUUCAUGGUCUUACUUUUGCGUUACAGUGAUUCGCGCGCAUCUUAAAAUUUCACUCUCUCAUUUUUUCAUAACGCGCCUAAAGAAGUAUAACUUUAAAACUUUACGUUGUUUUUCGGUGUUAUAAACCUUAGCUAAAGUGUACUCUUAUCUACCUAAAACAGAAAAAAAUGUUUAGUAAAUCACCCACUAAUGUUGUUAGUAGCCUUGAAAUCCAUCAUCUCUGUUAUUUCAUUGCGUGUGUUGUAUUCCGCUCCUCUGAAACGCUUUAACACCUUCUCAGCUUCAUUUUGUGUGCUUUUUAUGAGAACAUAGUAAGGUGUCUCUGGUAGCAGUAAACUUGAAAUACUGAUUACAGCAGAGAACACCCCGUAACUAAGACAAAGCUCGUUCCAUUUGAAAGAAGAUCCUAAAAGCGCCUGAAAAUGGUCCUGUAAUUUAAUCUCUUCAAUAGAGAAACUGGUUUUUUUAGCCUUAAAUACAGCAUACACACCUAUUUGUCAUUGAACACAUGCAUGCAAAGGUAACAGAAUAAUCUAUAUAAUAUAUGAAACUCAAAGGUGACUGACUGAUAUAGUGAUCUAUCAACGCACAGCCCAAACCACUGGACAGAUCGGGCUGAAAUUUGGCAUGCAGGUAGAUGUUAUGACGUAGGCUCCGCUUAGAAAAUAUUUUGAUCAUUUCUACCCCCCAAGGGGAUAAAAUAGGGAAUGAAAGUUUGUACCUAUGAAAUUUUGUCAAUUUUUAACCGAUCGGGCUGAAACUUUGCAUGCAGGUAUAAGAAGAAUCAUAGACGAAUGUCAUUGUGUAUAAUACAAGCCUGAGAACUAAAACUGUAGUCUAGACUUCAGCUCUACACCAAAGCGAGGGCGGGCCGCUAGUAAUGCAUAAAAUGUUAGAAGAUUCAAAUACAAAAAAAUACGAACCAAAAUUUGUUUAACACAAAUACUCGACAUCAACCAUAAUAAAUGUUGUUGUAUGUGUUAUAAUUAAACACGACGAUGAUGUUCAUAAACAAAAAAUGGAAAGGAAAUACCUAAUGACCUUACGACAGGCAAAUUUUUCUCACGCAUUCUGGGGACCUGGGCCCUCAAAAUAUAUGGUGAGGUUAUUGUUUAUGGUUUUCUUAGGUAAGGCUGUGCUCACUUCACAGAACUCUGGGCUGGCCGAAAUGACCGGCGAGAAGUCCUCACAUAUCCUCGUGGCGACCCCUGGUGGCGAGUAAGACGUCAUGCCUUUCGCAGGCAAAAAAAUUAAGUUAUGUGAAGUAGGGCACAGCGGAUUUUCCGAUCGAAUUGGAGCGCUCGACUAGGAAAGCAACGAAAUGAGGAAGCCACAGCUAAUGCAAUGUCACGGCUGACCCUUAACUUUCCCAAAAUCAAAUUUAAUAGGUAGAUGCUGCUGGUUGUAGUGAUAGGUACAUGCUGCAAUCUUACCUGAAGCGUAAGCCCGAAGGACAAAGAUAGUAUUGUGAAGACGGCGAUGACACCCCGCAUAUUCGGCAGAGAUAUCUCUGUGACGUACACACGAGGUGUUCCCAUCCCCAUGCCACAUCCCACGCCGGUGAAAAUUCUACCUACAGAGGAAAACUGUAUUCACAUUUACGCAAACAUCAUCGCGAAAGCACCAUCGCAACGGCAGUGUUUUAGUACUUUCACGACGACAGAAUACAGAAAGAGGUUGGAAGGGAAUUAGAGAUCAUUUCUACGUGAACCGGAGUCGCUGGCUCGUCCCCACUACACUUCCACCUAGUAGAUAAUGGCCAAUCAAAUGACGUGAUAUCAAACAAUCGAACCAAUCAGCACUCACACGCGAGAGCAACGACCCAAUCAGAUCCAAGUUUUGGUCAAGUUAUGAGCAUUUGCUCACACUUAACUGCGGCGCGCCUGCCCCGCCCACAAGGUCCUUCUAACCUCUUUCUAUGUUUACUACGAUGAUUUAACGAUUUUAAAAUCACAUUCCAACCGAUUUUAUCUCGAAUAUUUAGUUUCGCAAUGAUGUCAGAGUAGGCCCAAGAGAUCCUUAAUAAGUCUAAAUUAUUAUUAGACAUUAGACGAGCAAUGGUGUCUCAAGUUACAAACCUAUGAUUAUAUGCGUUGCUGAUUUAGAUAGACCUAUGCUUAUCCAUCCAACUAAAAAUGGAAUACCACCAAGAACAAGGGCAUAUCUUCGUCCAAAAAUAUCCAUAAUAUAUCCUCCAAUGAUACAACCAACAGGGGCCACCAGAGUCAAUACGCUGGCUGAAAAAGAGAAAAACGUAGAAAGUUAAUACAUUGCAUCAUUUAAGAUAUGAUACUCGUAUGACAUAGUGAUACUGCCGAUACACGUCAUACUUAAGUAAUAAGUAUCAAAAAUUUUCAAAACAACGCAACAUCUGGUAUUGAUAAUGCCUGGAAUCAAUAAAAAGCUGGAAAAAUACUCUUAAACAUCAGUCUAGUUACAGGGAAUCCAUUUAUUGAAGAUUCCAAGUAUAAAUCUAUUCUAGUGAAGAGUUUCAUGUCACAUAUCACAGACGAUAGAAUGUUUUUGGAUGACGUAAGUUGAUUUUAAACAACAACAAAUCAAAAAUAUAAAAUUUAAGAAAUGACUGAUAUGUUUUUGAGGUGUAAAUAAGUAUUGACAGUGAUUUUGUUACACACAAGUAUAAUAAAUGAAUGUGAUGAACACCAUGUUUAAUGCUCAUGCUUUAUCAAGCAUUUUAGGAAGCGCUACGAAGUAAUCAAAAUGAAAGGCUAAACUGUACUUCCAUGGCUUAAGAGGUGAUAUUUCACACUAGGUUAGGUUACAUUAGUGGAGUCACCAUAACACGCGAGCCGAGCGAAAGUUUUACAGUUUUUCCAAAAGAAAACAUCAUAAUACUCUUUGGUACUUACCAAUCCACGCUUCAUCACUUGGUCCUAUACUGAAUUUAGCAUCAUCUUUAAGCUGUGGUAUCGCACUCGAGGGGAAACCGAGUGCCAGUCCGAUCAAAAUGUUCACAGAACUGACCCAUAAACCGUACCCCAUUUGUAUGAACGAGGUCUUCGAAAAGAACUUUGGAUCAGGGUAACUCUCAUCUAACAUGAUCGAUACGCAUCUUUAUGAUAAGAUCACAUUUACACGCAUGAAACUGCUUACAUUUAUGUACAGUAAUACUGAAAACACUUUAGGUGAUUAUUCGGUUAUUUCCACUUCUACUUUGAAAACGGAUCUACGGAUACAUUUAAAUAUUUGCGUUAUAUGUUACUGAAUAAGAACAAGUUUAAUCUUUGACAAGAAGUAUGGAAACCCUCAAACUAUUGACCAAGGAUUUCGCAUGGAAAAGGUUUGGAAAAGGAAAAAUAAUAUGACAGAUUAGGAGACAGCAACUAUAAUCUCAGUUUAUCUAAUCUCUUUCAAGUAAGUCUUUAGCCCGUGGACCUGCGAUUUCGUUAGCCCAAAGAAUCCAAGAAUACAACACGAAUCCAAGGUGAAAUUCCUUGGAUUGCCUUAAUUAGGUCACAGCAAAUUCCUAGAUCUGUUUAUUUAGCAGUUCUUUUACGACAUGAAUUAGGGCUUUGUGCGUUUAUAACCUAUUCACACUUUAAUUAAUAAUAAUAUAUUUUCAUACAACAUUUUGUCUUGGAAUUUGACUAAAGGUCCGCGAGCUCACUUAGGCGAAGAUAACUUGGAACCCAUAAAUUUUCCUUUUUAUAACCUUACGGGGAAUACCUGAGAAUAGUUCUUUAUUAACUAGCAAUAACAAGCCUGUUAAGAUAUUUAAAUGUGUACACAUAAGACAGAGCGGUUGGAAGUUAUUUACAAUUUUCCAGAUUAAAAUUAAAUCUUAGUUCAUGUGAUAAAAAAUAAGAACUGCUAAUUUUGAAAUUGAACCUUGUCACUUUAUUUCCUUAUUUUCUAGUUCUGAAAGAAAGCAGGAUAAAUGUGAGGUUUUGUGAACUUGUUGUUGGCAAAAGAGGCAGUGAAAACAAGCUUCUUAUUUGUGCUGGCCACAUGUUGCUCGACGUUUUCCUCCACGUUAGCGAGGAUUUUAAGCAGUUCACCACGGGAUAGCUGAUUGAAUUCCAGGACGUUCACAUAUUUCUGAGUGGAUGGGGCUGCAAAGAUGUAUUGUAGAAUAGAAAAUAUUUAGUUGAUUCAAAAAAAACUAGUAAAUGAUCACCAACAGUACAAUCGGAUGGUUAGGCUAGCAGUUGUUUUUUUUUGGAGAUAAUUUAGUUUUAUUUUUGAUGGUCGUUUACUAUUUUUGGUGAUCAGUUUAACAUUUAAACCUUUUAGAAUUAAAAUUAAAGCAUUUUAAGUAGUUUUUCGUUAAAAUAUUUCUGAAUAAUAUUAAGCGAAAUUAUUUUUUUGUAUACAUUUCGAUU